GGGCGCCCUAAGGGUCCAAUGGGAGCGGCGGCCAGGCCGCCCCGCCCCGCGCCACCGGAUGUCGGCCCCGGGACAUGGCCACCGCCGGUGCCGGUUCCUUGAGCUGAGCAGCCAACCGACGUUCUCAUCCUUCCGCGGGCGGGCGGAGGCGCCGCGGCCGCCGCGGGGGAGGAGCAGCAGCAUCAGAAGGCCGGCGGCCGCCGCGCAGGGCACAUGGCGUCCAUUUUACUGAGGAGUUGCCGUGGCCGGGGGCCCGCCCGCCUCCCACCGCCCCGCGCCGCCACUGCGAGGGGUCGUGCGGGAGAUCGUGCCUGCCUCAGUUGUGCCAGCACCGCGGGGUUGAUGAGCUUCGUGAAACUUCCGUUUGGCGGCUGCAGUCCCAUCCGCCCCGUGUACCUUUCCUUGCGAGGCGAUCCCCUCGGCUGCUGGACUCUGAGGCCCAAGCACACGUGCGUGGUGGUCGCAGGGCCGAGGCUCCUUCCUGUGCGCUGCUGGCACUCGUCGCCCCCGCUGGGCGAUGACUCUGUGGUGGAGAAGUCCCUCCGGUCCCUAAAGGACAAGAACAAGAAGCUGGAGGAAGGAGGCCCCGUGUACAGCCCCCCCGCAGAGGCGGCCGUGAGAAAGCCCUUGGGGCAGCGGGUCCUGGAUGAGCUGAAGCAUUACUACCACGGCUUCCGCCUGCUCUGGAUCGAUGCCAAGAUCGCAGCGCGCAUGCUCUGGCGCAUCCUGCACGGCCACAGCCUGACCCGCCGAGAGCGCAGGCAGUUCCUCCGGAUCUGUGCCGACCUCUUCCGCCUGGUGCCCUUCCUGGUCUUCGUGGUGGUGCCCUUCAUGGAGUUCCUGCUUCCUGUUGCCGUAAAGCUCUUCCCCAACAUGUUACCGUCCACGUUCGAGACCCAGUCCAUCAAGGAAGAGAGGCUGAAGAAGCAGCUGCGGGUCAAGUUGGAACUGGCCAAGUUUCUUCAGGACACCAUCGAGGAGAUGGCCUUGAAGAACAAGGCAGCCAAGGGGAAUGCCACCAAAGACUUCUCUGUGUUUUUCCAGAAGAUCCGAGAGACGGGUGAGAGACCCAGCAAUGAGGAAAUCAUGCGGUUUUCCAAACUGUUUGAGGACGAGCUGACCCUGGACAACCUCACGCGCCUGCAGCUGGUGGCGCUGUGCAAGCUGCUGGAGCUGCAGUCCAUGGGCACCAACAACUUCCUGCGCUUCCAGCUCACCAUGAGGCUGCGCUCCAUCAAGGCCGACGACAAGCUGAUCGCUGAGGAGGGGGUGGACAGCCUCAACGUCAAGGAGCUACAGGCGGCGUGUCGAGCGCGAGGCAUGCGGGCCCUGGGCGUCACGGAAGACCGUCUGCGGGACCAGCUGAAGCAGUGGCUGGAGCUGCACCUGCACCAGGAGAUCCCGACGUCUCUGCUCGUCCUGUCUCGGGCCAUGUACCUUCCUGAUACCCUCUCACCCGCCGACCAGCUCAAGUCCACCCUGCAGACCCUUCCGGAGAUUGUGGCGAAGGAGGCCCAGGUGAAGGUGGCCGAGGUGGAGGGCGAGCAGGUGGACAACAAGGCAAAGCUGGAGGCCACGCUGCAGGAGGAGGCGGCCAUCCGGCAGGAGCAUCGCGAGAAAGAGCUGCAGAGGCGGUCCCAGGCGGCGAAGGAAGUGGAGCCUGAAGUGGUGGCAGAAGGUGCCCCUGGGAGGCUGGUGGUCGAGCCGCAGCCGGAAGAGCCUGAUGUGACCCUGCCGUCCGAGGCCCUGACGGACAGCGCGCCCGUCCUGGAGGGCUUGAAGGAAGAGGAAAUAACUCAGGAGGAAAUUGACAUACUCAGUGAUGCCUGCUCGAAACUGAAGGGGCAGAAGAAAUCCCUGACGAAAGAGAAGGAGGAGCUGGAGCUGCUGAAGGAGGACGUCCAGGACUACAGCGAGGACUUGCAGGAGAUCAAGAAGGAACUUUCAAAGACUGGCAAAGAAAUCUACGUGGAAGAGUCUAAAGCCAGCAAGAGGCUGACGAAGCGGGUACAGCAGAUGAUCGGGCAGAUCGACAACCUGCUCACGCAGCUGGAGGCUGAUCAGAAGGCUGGCAAGCUGGGCCUGGCCGCCGAGGGCUCGCCUGCAGGGGAGACCGUCAUCAGCGUUGCUGAGCUCAUCAGUGCCAUGAAGCAAAUCAAGCACAUUCCCGAAAACAAGCUCAUCAGCUUGGCCUCAGCACUGGACGAAAAUAAGGAUGGCAAGGUCAACAUCGACGACCUUGUCAAGGUGAUCGAGCUGGUGGACAAAGAAGACAUUCACAUCUCCACCAGCCAGGUGGCUGAGAUUGUGGCCACGCUGGAGAAGGAGGAGAAGGUGGAGGAGAGGGAGAAGGCCAAGGAGAAAGCCGAGAAGGAGGCCGAGAAGGAGGCCGCAGAAGUGAAGAGUUAGGGGCCGCCCGGCUCUUAGGUGCCUUGGUGGCCCUUCGUGCGUCUGCCGCAGCGGUCCUAACGUGACGGUGAUUGCUUUGAAGUGAUUCUUAGAGACAUCUAAUAUUUUGUCUGGAAUAAAUCAGAAACUUCAUAA